AUGGGAUCUACACCUGAGAAACGGCGUAGAUCAGAGGCUGUAGAGGAGGUUUAUGGGAUCCUUGACAAGCGUAAUAUACAAUAUGUUCAAUUUGGAUUGAACAAACGGUUCAGUACGUGGUAUGGGAGCAAUGUAUACUUUGGAAAGGACAAACGUACGUUGGGAUUCAAGGAAUUGAAUGAGGAAGGCUCUUUACCCGGGAGUCAAAAUGGACAUAUUGGGCAGAAUGAGACCGAUAAUUCAGAGUACUGGCUCGAAACAUUAUACGUAUGUGAGUACUGCUUCAGAUACACUGAUAUCGAACAGGAAUUGGUUAUGCAUGAGAAAUGUUGCACUUACAAGAACCACCCACCUGGUAAAAUAUAUUAUCGAAGCCCUCAAUACACGAUACGGCGAGUUAAGGGAUCUAAACAUGAGAACUUUUGUCAAUGUCUCUGCCUUUUCACGAAAUUGUUUCUCGACAACAAGUCGGUGUAUUUCAAGGUGAAGCAAUUUGAGUUUUACAUUGUGUACGCUACCAACAGUACGGUACCGAUGGCCUUCUUCUCAAAAGAUUUGUAUUCAUACCAGGAGAACAAUCUUGCGUGCAUCCUGGUUUUCCCACCUUACCAACGGAAAAAAUUGGGAACCCUCCUCAUAGAGUUUUCCUACUUAUUAUCUCGACGCCAAAAUAUAAUUUCUGGACCAGAGCUACCGCUAUCGCCCUUUGGUUUAAUUGGAUAUCUCAAAUUCUGGUCGUUUAGCAUAGUAUGGCAGUUGACCGAAGGUGAAUUAAGAGAUGCUGCAUACAUUACUAUUAGAGAGAUUUCAGAAGUUACAGGGUUCAGAAUAAGAGAUGUUAUCCAGGCUUUAAAGUACUUAAAAUGCUUGCGUGGUGAUGAAAUUAACCUUAAUGUCAUCAGAUCAUGGGCUAGGAGUAACAAAGUCUCACAAGGUUUUAUGAUUGAAAACGAAUAUGUAUUAUUUGAUGAUUAA